AUGACCAUGCAUUUGUGGCUUAAACUCUUGGCAUUUGGCUUUUGCUUUCUGGACACUGUAAUGUUGGUUACAGAACAAGCCAUCACUCCUUCCGCUCAAGGACUGAACACAACAGAAGAGCCCUCUUCUCUGCCUGCAGGUGACCCCUUAUCUGCUCACAGCACUGCAUUCUCACUCGCAAGCAUCUCUGAACGAGGAAAUGACUCCUCAGAGACCACGCCUCCUCCUAGCCCAGAAAGUACCACCAUGGAAGCAUCCCUGAAUUCUUGGGAUAAUGAUAGUACUCCUGCUGUGACAGGGGCUCCAGGAGAGAGGACUACACCCAGCAUCUUGCCCGCAGACACAGCUUCCCCACCAGUAACCACUCUCAGCCCUGCACACAGCAGUCCUGCUGCCUCACCUACACGCAUCUCCAACUCGACCACCCAAGACAAUGCCUCAGGUGUGCUCAACGCGUCCACUACACCAUCCUCUCUGACCUCUGAGAAAAGUCCUCCUACUACACAUAAGCCAUCAUGUGGAGACAAGUAUACAGCUAUCUCUGUGCACUACUUUUAUAACAAGGAAAGUAAAACGUAUAAUGCAACACUUAGUGAAGUGAAAUGUGAACCUGUUGGGUGUGAAAAGGAGCUCCAGAGCCUACAGGAGUGUGAAAAGAAGAAUAUCAAUAUAACACAUCCUUCAUGUUAUCCUCCAUUUGAAUAUUUAUUAGAGGUACCACCAGAUCAUAAACAUUUUCAGCUGAAUGAGUGUGUAGAACCUGAAAAGGCAAAUACUUCUCUUUGUUUACAUUGGGAAAUCAGUAAAAAUUUUACUUGUGAUAAAAAGAAAAUAACAUAUAAAUUUAAAUGUGAUGGCUUUCAUCCAUAUAAUAAAAGUGACAGAUAUGAAUUGUUCAAACUUAAUCCUCAAAGUAAUUAUACUUGUAGUUCAGAAGUAUCCUAUAAUAACAAGAUUAUUACUAGCCGAAAUACAACUAUUAAAACAGAUUUUAGAGAUCCAGGAAUCCCUCAGAAUAUGAGUUGUUCUAACUUCAGUGCACAUAACGCAUGGGUUACCUGGGAACCACCAGAACAUUUUUUUCAUACGUUCACUCUUUGUUAUCGGAAUGCUUCAGAAGAAAGAUGCCACACUCUGAAUCAAACCACAAAUACAAUUAAUUUGGAAUAUUUGAAACCUUUUACAACGUAUGAAAUAACAUUACAUGCCUCUGUCAGUGGAAGAGUGGAACGUAAUGGAGCUGAUGUGAAGUGUGUAGUUGAAACAAAAGCAACACGUCCAAGCGAGGUCACGGGCUUACGUGUUUCAAGGAAGACAGAUAAUAGUAUGGCUGUGACCUGUAGUGCUCCUAAAGACUUUAAUGGCCCCAAGACAGGGCAGUACCAUUUGAAAAUCAGUAUUGGAAAUGACUCGGCUGGAAAAGAAUUAAAAAAACAAAAGUGCACAUUCUUGGUAGAAGGUCUUCAAUAUUCAACAAAAUAUACAUUUCAGGUCUUUUAUCACAAUGGGAAAUAUCCUGGUCAUCCAAAAAUUGUUUCAGAAUCAACAUCUUAUAAUUCUAAUGCACUGAUCAUAUUUCUGGUAUUUCUGAUUAUUGUGACAUCAAUAGCCCUGCUUGUUGUUCUCUAUAAAAUCUAUGAUCUGCAAAAGAAAAGAUCCAGCAAUUUAGAUGAACAGCAGGAACUUGUUGAAAGGGAUGAUGAGAAGCAACUGAUGAAUGUGGAGCCCAUCCAUGCAGAUGUUUUGUUGGAAACUUACAAGAGAAAGAUUGCUGAUGAAGGGAGACUCUUCCUGGCUGAAUUCCAGAGCAUUCCGAGGGUAUUUGGCAAGUUUUCUAUCAAGGAUGCUCGAAAACCCUUUAACCAGAAUAAAAACCGCUAUGUUGACAUCCUUCCUUAUGAUUAUAACCGUGUUGAACUCUCUGACAUAAACGGAGAUGCAGGGUCCAACUAUAUCAAUGCCAGCUAUAUUGAUGGUUUCAAAGAACCCAGGAAAUACAUUGCUGCACAAGGUCCCAGGGAUGAAACUGUUGAUGAUUUCUGGAGGAUGAUCUGGGAACAGAAAGCCACGGUUAUUGUCAUGGUCACUCGAUGUGAAGAAGGGAACAAGAACAAGUGUGCAUUAUACUGGCCGUUGAUGGAAGAGGGCAGCCGGGUUUUUGGAGAUGUGAUUGUAGAGAUCAAUGAACACAAAAGAUGCCCGGAUUACAUCAUUCAGAAGUUGACCAUUUCAAAUAGAAAAGAAAAAGCAACUGGAAGAGAAGUGACCCACAUUCAAUUCACCAGCUGGCCAGACCAUGGGGUCCCUGAAGACCCUCACUUGCUCCUCAAGCUGCGCAGGAGAGUGAAUGCUUUCAGCAACUUCUUCAGUGGCCCUGUCGUGGUGCACUGCAGUGCUGGUGUUGGACGCACAGGCACCUAUAUUGGAAUUGAUGCCAUGUUAGAAGGCCUGGAGGCAGAGAGCAAGGUGGAUGUCUAUGGCUAUGUCGUCAAGCUAAGGCGACAGAGAUGCCUGAUGGUUCAGGUGGAGGCACAGUACAUCUUGAUCCAUCAGGCCUUGGUGGAAUACAAUCAGUUUGGGGAAACAGAAGUGAGCUUGUCUGAGUUACAUCCAUAUCUGUCUAACAUGAAGAAAAGAGAUCCACCCAGUGAGCCUUCCCCACUGGAGGCUGAAUUCCAGAGACUUCCUUCAUAUAGGAGCUGGAGGACACAGCACAUUGGGAAUCAAGAAGAAAAUAAGAGUAAAAACAGGAAUUCUAACGUCAUUCCAUAUGACUUUAACAGAGUGACACUUAAACAUGAACUGGAGAUGAGCAAGGAGAGUGAGCACGACUCAGAUGAGUCCUCUGAUGAUGACAGUGACUCAGAAGAGACGAGCAAAUACAUCAAUGCCUCCUUUGUAAUGAGUUAUUGGAAACCUGAAGUGAUGAUUGCAGCUCAGGGACCACUGAAAGAGACCAUUGGUGACUUUUGGCAAAUGAUAUUCCAAAGAAAAGUCAAGGUGAUUAUUAUGCUGACAGAGCUAAAGAAUGGAGACCAGGAAGCCUGUUCUCAGUACUGGGGGGAAGGAAAGCAAACAUAUGGAGACAUAGAAGUUCAUAUGAAGGACACCAAUAAAUCUUCAGCCUAUACCAUCCGUGCAUUUGAACUGAGACAUUCCAAGAGGAAAGAUCCACGAACUGUGUACCAGUACCAAUUUAAUAACUGGAAUGGAGAAGAACUGCCUGUGGAGCCCAAAGAAUUAAUCUUAAUGAUUCAGAAUCUCAAACAGAAACUUCCCAAGAAUUCCACCGAAGGGAAUAAGUUUCACAGGAAUGUGCCUCUCCUCAUUCACUGCAGGGAUGGAUCUCAACAAACAGGAAUAUUUUGUGCUUUGUUAAAUCUCUUGGAAAGUGCAGAAACAGAAGAAGUGAUAGAUGUUUUUCAAGCAGUAAAAUCUCUACGCAAAGCUAGGCCAGGAAUGGUUCCCACAUUUGAGCAAUAUCAAUUCCUGUAUGACGUCAUCGCUAGCACCUUCCCUGCCCAGAAUGGGCAGGUGAAGAAAAACAACCAACAAGAAGAUAAAAUUGAAUUUGAUAAUGAAGUGGACAAGUCAAAGCAGGAUGCUAACUGUGUGAGUCCACCUGGUGCCCAGGAUAAGACCCCUGAAGGAAAUAAAGAGGAUGAAAGUUCCAAACCUGCAAGUGGUGCUGAGGGGCCAGAACAUUCCGCCAAUGGUCCAGCGAGUCCAGUUUUAACUCAAAGUGCAUAG